CACAAAAGGCUUCCAACUUGAGCCUGCGGAGUUUGCCAUGCAGGGCGGGUUUCUGGAGAAGGCCAUCAGCAAGGAGGCCUCCGAGAGGUCGAAGGAGCUGGAGGCGGGGAAGAAGGAGUGGGAGGAGGAGCUGCUGGAGACCAGCGUCCAGGUGCUCGCAGAGCUCCUCCAGGAGAACGGCCGGCGCGCCAAGAACGACCUGGAGCGGCGUGUGCGCGGGGGCACUGGGGUGCGGGAGUUCAAGGGCAAGUGCUGCGGGGCCUUGGACGAUCCCACGCCAGAGGCGGAGCAGGAUGCCGCGUACCGGCUCAUAGAGGAGUUCACGCGCCCGAGCGCGCUGCGGGACAUGGCGGGCACGGUGAUGGAGUGGGCCGCCGAGAUCUUCGGCAACGUGAAGCGCAAGGGUGCAGCCGCCGGGCAGACCAUGGACGCUGAGACGGAGGUGCAGGUCAUGCGAGACGUGGUGAAGGAGUGCCUGAUCCGGCAUGUCCUGAAGCUCAUCAAUGCCACCAACAGCGGCGCCCACGCGGCCGGGAGCCACGACGCGGGGCUGCUGGCGACGCCGCAGGGCUACACGGCGGGAGACUUGGAGAACUUGGGCGUGGACUGCAUCAAGGGCUUGAUGGAGAAGGGCUACGGUAUUCAGGAGGACUUUCUGUCUGCUGGGCUCACGGAGGACGUGUUCCGUGAGCUGGAGAUGGUGGACUUCGACGGGAAGCUGAGCGCGGUGGCGCAGCAGAAGAUGACGGGCUUCCGCAGCGACAAGAUCUGCUGGGUGAACUUCGAGGGCCUGGACCGGGAGAAGCAGCCGGGGCUCCUGGAGCUCUUCAAGAAGAUGAUCUCACUGCCCUUCGAGCUGAACAAGAAGUGCAAACUCUACCUGCAGGCCUCUGGCUCCUUUCAGAUCGGCUGCUACCCCAAGCAGGCCUUCUACAAGAAGCACAUCGACGGGGGCUACGAGGCCAAGCUGAACAACGGCCGGAAGGUCACGGCCAUCUUCUACGCGAACAAGGGCUGGGGUGCCAAAGACGGCGGCGAGCUUCGGGUGUACCGGCGCCGCCCGAACCCCUACCAGCUGGAGCAGGGCGCGGAAGAGCCCAAGGAGGAUGAGGUAGAGGAGGACAUCGCGCCGGAGGCGGGUCGCCUCGUGCUCUUCCGCAGCAGGGACGUGCCCCACGAGGUGCUGAGCACCGCGCGGAAGCGCUUCGCCGUGACGCUGUGGCUGCCCGGCCCCGCGGGGCCCGGGGACACCUGAGCCGAGGAGCACUACGACGAACUGCACAUGGCCCCAACAUGGGGCCUCUGGAUUUCCCGGCACAAAAACCCGCCCCUCAAGACCGAAGCGUGCGCGGGUGUGGCCUGUGCCCAGCAC